CCGAUCGAUAUAGAAGGAACCAGCCUAAUUAAGCAUUUUGUUUCCUGUCACAUCACGGGCACACAAAGGUCACGUUGAUGAGUGAUGACUAACCCGUCAAUGGGGAUAGAAAUUCAGAGGGCAUGGUUUACAAGUCCAAGGUAUGGUUGAGAGAAUUAGUGGACGAUGAUAGCUUUUACCCCGAUUUUCCAGUCAAAUGCUGCGACCGUUUGCGUUUGUACUCCACUCGCUGGACGUCCAGUACAUAUACUAUCAUUCUUCAACCACGGCAUCCUCUCAUACACAUAUCUCCACCGCCCCACGGCCAAAUCUUCAGUUCUGAUGGCUACCUCAAGCUGUUGGCUCUUGGUGUUCGUCUGGGUAAUAUGGCGGUUGCCAUUGAUGCUCGCCGAGCCUGAGGUGCGGCAAGGGAAAGGCUGCUCGGCCAAGAGGUGCGGCCACCUCAAUAUCUCACACCCGUUCUGGCUCCCCGACAUGGAGGCGGGAAGAUCGUGUGGCCCCUUGGAUUUUGUGGUCAAUUGCAACAACAGUGUUCCAGUUCUAAAGAGCUCUGGAUUAACUGGCUUUGCAAUUCUCAACAUCUCCUACGAGAAACGAAAUCUGCGUGUCAUCGAUGUCUACAAAGAGGAAGACUUUAAAGACUCCAAGAGCUGCCAUUUUCCCGGAUGGAACACCUCCGGCAAACUGGCACUCCCGUUUAAGGUCAGCCCCGCCAAUCUGAAUCUCAUCUUCUACAACUGCACAAAGCCGCCGACGGAUGAGGGCAGGGCGUUGGGGGAGAUGAGAUGCGGGAACGCGAGCAACACGUUUGUUCGCGCGGGAGUGCGUUUUGAUGUGACGGGGAACUACGGCGGCUAUGUCUUAGAGGGCUGCAAUGCGACGGUCGUGCCAGUGAUGGACUCGUCGGGCAAGGCCAAGGCGAGCGACUACGAGCGGCUCAUCAGCGGUGGCUACAUCAUGACAUGGGAUCAUCCGGAACCUCUUCCUGCACCUCUACCUGUCCCUACGCCUUCACCUGCACGUAAGUUCACCCGCCGACUCAUCUUUUAAUCAAGUUUGUACAUAAGCUAGGACGUUCAGUGCCUGUUGUGUGGUACAGACUAGAGAACAACAAGUGCUCUAGGUAGGUACGUGGCCCUGUGCAUCAUUAGAAGUUCGUUAACAAGUUGAACUGGAGUGUGGUACAGAACAAGAAGUGUCUUCUAGGGCGAGGAUUGAUUCUGGUCUGAACUCUGAGCUUCUCACCUCUGCCUAAUCUGAACUCUGAACUUCUUUCUGCCUACAAGUCAGAAAACUGAACUUCUCAAGUCUGUGCACUACGGCCGAAAUUCGCAUCAUGGGCUUGU